AUGUCUGGACCAUCUGAUUCCGGUGAGGAUGCGGCGGAUCAUAACGUUGAAGUGUGGAAAAUCAAACGUUUGAUAAAAAGUUUGGAAAUGGCUCGAGGGAAUGGGACGUCGAUGAUCUCGUUAAUAAUACCACCACGAGAUCAAAUUGCGCGCAUUUCGAAAAUGUUAGCUGAUGAAUAUGGCACUGCGUCAAAUAUCAAAUCUCGAGUGAACCGGUUGUCUGUAUUAGGCGCCAUAACAUCGGUACAAGGAAGGCUGAAACUUUAUAACAAAGUACCAACAAAUGGUUUAGUGAUUUACUGUGGCACAAUUGUAACGGAUGAAGGGAAGGAGAAGAAAGUGAACAUUGAUUUCGAACCGUUCAAACCAAUAAACACUUCACUUUAUCUAUGUGAUAACAAAUUCCAUACAGAAGCAUUACAAGCCCUAUUGGCUGAUGAUAAUAAAUUUGGAUUCAUUAUAAUGGAUGGUAAUGGUUCAUUGUUUGGGACAUUGCAAGGUAAUACGCGUGAAGUGUUGCACAAAUUCACAGUUGAUUUACCGAAAAAGCAUGGUCGUGGUGGACAAUCUGCGCUGCGUUUCGCACGGCUUCGUAUGGAGAAACGUCACAAUUAUGUGAGGAAGGUUGCGGAAACAGCUGUUGAAAUAUUUAUCCGAAAUGAUAAAGUGAAUGUAGCAGGACUAAUUCUGGCUGGUAGCGCAGAUUUCAAAACGGAGCUUGGCCAAUCCGAUAUGUUUGAUCAACGGCUUCAAGCUAAAAUUAUAAAAACAGUGGAUAUUUCAUACGGUGGCGAGAAUGGAUUUAAUCAGGCAAUUGAAUUGGCCGAAGAUGCAUUGGCUAAUGUGAAAUUCAUCCAAGAGAAGAAGUUAAUUAAUGGAUAUUUUGAUGAGAUUUCGCAG